AUGGCGACGCUUGCUCAAGUAAAAGCUGGCAAACCUCAGAGAAAGAAUUUUGCCGGAAGGCCUCGAUCUGUGGCUAGUGGAAUAUCAUUACCCAGAAAGAGGCAAGUUAUCAGGCGCUCAGAGGUUCUUCUUGAUGAUCAGAUAUCUCUUGUCCGUGAUGUACAAGAUAGCCUGGAGAAAGCCAUGCAAGAAUUGGCUAAUGCUAAAACAGUAGAGGAUGUGGAAUUUUACAGAAUUAAGGUCAAUGAACUCAAAUUACAAUGCGAUGAAAUGGUACUCAUCCUACAGGUGAUUGGUAAAUUGAACAGUGAGUUAGCAUAUGCACGGUUAGAACUUGAGAAGCUAGAUAAAGGUGAUAAGAAUGUCGCAGUGAUCAGAAAGAGGGUAACAUGGUUAGAAGACCGAGUGGAAAAUCUACUCACAAGACAUAAGAGAAGUGAUACACAGUCUGCGAUGACCUCUGAAACCACGUCGUAUAUAUACUCGGAAAAUCGUCAGUUCCAGAGUCCGACACACACCGGAACUGAAUAUGAAUUGAUGAAUAAUCAAAUCGGUCCUUCUGAAAGAUCCAACUCAUCAAUUCAGUUUGUUAAAAACAUUGACAAUGUGGAAGGAUUCAUCGAUGAUGAUGAAAUUAUGAAAAGAUCGUCCAUCCCAAGCAGAACAUCAAGUAAACUCACGCAAGAUGGACAGUUGGACGUACUAGACACCGUGAUGAAGGAACCUGAUGACGCACCAGUGAGAGUUAAGAAACAAAAGAGGAAGAAGAAAACUAGGCGACAAAAGGAAAUGGGAGCGGGUGAUGCGUCAACAUCUCGUGUAUCGACAGACGAUGAAGAAGAGAUGGUGACGAUCAAACCCAAAUCUAUUCUUAAAAGACCGCUGUCCCGAGGGGAAGCUGACGGAAGGGAAGAUGAUGCAAAAAGUGAAGACAGCAGAAGUGUGAGAGUAUGUGACAAGCUACCACACGAGGGCGGUAUUACUGAUAAACUCCCGAUCUACAAAAGAGAUCUGACAGAGGUCUCAGUGUAUCCUGCUAACUCGGUGACAACAACGGAUGAAGAAUUUUCUGAUAUUAGUCAGACUGAUGUUCUGACUGACUCACAGCCAGAGGAAGAUGAAAACUCAGAGGAUAAAUCUAAAAGUGAAGCAGGAAUCUUUAUGACAGAAUCUGAGAGAGAAUCUCGACAAGUUGUCCUCAAAUCCCCUGAACAAGAUGGAAGUAAAACAGCUGAGAGUAAAGAGGAAACUCCAAAAAGUAGAGCUGAGAGUUACUGGGAAUCAGACCAUCACCAGUUUGAAUUUAAUGAAAAUAUGAAUGCUAUUUUAGAAUUAGACCCACUGUCAUAUCAUGCUAUGGGUUUGGCUGUACCGUCUACGUUUACUGUUAGUCGAAUAUGGUUUGGUGUGAAAGCCCCAUUAAUAUAUGCCCAACUCUAA